CGUUUCCCCCACGCUCCCCUUAUCACCUUCUCUUCUAUGGAAUGAAUCCUCCGACUUGAAUCCAAAAAACUUCUUCUCAAAUCUUCCGAAAAUGCCAUCACGCCCCUCUCCGCCGGUUCAUAACCGUUUCCAGACGCUUCCGGUUAUCCUAACCGGUUCCCUCGCCUUAACCGGAGCCUUACUCGUCCUCCUAACCAUCCUCCUCUACCGGAAACUCUCCCGGAACCGAACCGCUCCCUCGGAUGCCUCUCCUCAGCACUACCAAUGCCGCCGCUUCUCCUACUCCCAGCUCCGCCGCGCGACGAACUCGUUCUCCGACUCGUCCCAGCUCGGCCACGGCGGGUUCGGCACCGUCUACAAAGCCGAUCUCCCGAGCGGCGUCUCCCUCGCCGUCAAAGUCAUGGACUCCUCCGCCGGGGCCUUACAGGGCGAGCGCGAGUUUCACAACGAGCUCUCUCUCUCCUCUCGCCUGGCGAGCUCGCCUCACGUCGUCUCCCUCCUCGGAUUCUCCUCCGAUCGGCGUAACCGGAGGCUCGUGCUGGUCUACGAGCUCAUGCCUAAUCGGAGCUUGCAGGAGGCGCUUCUUGGUCCUCUCAAGUGCGAGGAGCUUAUGGAUUGGAGGAAAAGGUUCGAGAUUGCGACGGAUGUUGCUAAAGGGAUUGAGUUUCUUCACCAUCGGUGUGAUCCGCCGAUUAUUCACGGCGAUGUGAAGCCGAGUAACGUCCUUCUUGAUUCCGAUUUCAAGGCAAAGAUCGGAGAUUUCGGUCUGGCGAGGGUAAAGUCCGAGGCUUUGGUGAGUGGUGGUGGGGACGAGACUAGGAUUCUGAUUGAGGAAGACGAUGAUGGGAAGAGAAAGGAAGAUGAUAACGGGUCGAUUCUCGAGGAGUGUGAGAGUGUGAUUACUCUGUUCGAGGAGGGUAACGCCGUGAAUUUCUCGCCGGAGAAUGAUUGCGGAAGCAGCGUUUUCACGGCGUCUCCGGGAGGGGGAUUGAUACAGUCGCCGGAUAAUUGUGAUGUUAGCGUCUUGAUGGAGACGUCUCCGGGACAGGCAUUGAUACCCUCGCCGGAGAAUUGUGCUGUUAGCGUCUUGACGGCGUCUCCGGGACAGGCAUUGAUACCCUCGCCGGAGAACUGUGCUGUUACCUCUCCGGGAGGAGCAUCACCGGAGCAAAUGAGUGUGGAGAGUGGUGGGAAGCAAAAGGUGGGUUCGAGGAGAGAUUGGUGGUGGAAACAAGACAACAACUGUGGAAGCAGAGGAGUGGUUGAGUCAGGAAGUGUGAAAGACUACGUGAUGGAAUGGAUUGGGAGUGAGAUUAAGAAAGACAACAAGGAGUGGAUCAAAAACGGUGAUGGGUCAGCAUCAUCAUCGGUCUCUAAGAAGAAGAAGAAGAAGAAGAAGAGGAAGCCUAGAGAGUGGUGGAAGGAAGAGUUUUGUGAAGAGCUAACUAGAAAGAAGAGGAAGAAGAAGAAGAAAAAUAAAAGAGGGUUAAGCAUUGAAUCUUGGUUUCACAGAGACAAUGAUGAUGAACGGUCUCAUAAUCCUACCAAGAGGAAAAAGAGGAAUAGUAUAGACUGGUGGGUAGAUGGGUUAAGCGGAGAUUUAAAAUCAGUUAAAAAACAAAGCCAAGACUCUGGUCUAUGGUGUGACGUGAAUGUUCAGAAGAGUGGUGGAGUAAGCAGCACACCGAGCAUGAGAGGUACGGUGUGUUACAUUGCACCGGAAUGUGGUGGCGGUGGUGGUGGAGGCGUGUUGUCUGAGAAAUGUGAUGUCUACAGUUUCGGGGUUCUGCUCUUGGUUCUUGUCUCGGGGAGACGGCCGUUGCAGGUGACCGCAUCGCCUAUGUCGGAGUUUGAGAGGGCUAAUCUGAUAUCAUGGGCUAAGCAAUUGGCUUGUCAUGGUAACUUAUUGGAGUUGGUUGAUAAGUCUAUACAUUCUUUGGAGAAAGAGCAAGCGGUUCUUUGUGUUACUAUAGCGUUGCUUUGUCUGCAAAGGUCUCCGGUUAAGAGACCGACGAUGAAGGAGAUUGUUGAGAUGCUUACCGGUGCGUCUGAGCCACCGCAUUUGCCGUUUGAGUUCUCACCGUCUCCGCCUAUGGGGUUUCCAUUUAAGUCAAGGAAGAAAGCACGGUGAAGAUGAGCUCAAACAAGUGUAGAUUUGUCUGGUUCAAAAACACUUAAACCAAUUGCUAGUUGUAGAAGCUGUUUAAUUCCAUAACAUUAGGUUCUUGCAAAUAGUUACGAAGAUUAGUAUGUCAUUGCAGACUCUUUCAACUACUAAUGCAGAAUCUAUUAUUCA